CCCCCAGUGCGCCUGCGCGGAGCCCGUGGCCGCGCCUGCUCCCGCCGGGGGGUCCUCGCUGCCGCGCCGCGGCCAUGGGAGAGGCCGAGGUGGGCGGCGGGGGCUCCGCGGGCGACAAGGGCCCGGGGGAGGCGGCCACCAGCCCGGCGGAGGAGACGGUGGUGUGGAGCCCCGAGGUGGAGGUGUGCCUCUUCCACGCCAUGCUGGGCCACAAGCCCGUAGGUGUGAACCGACACUUCCACAUGAUUUGCAUCCGGGACAAGUUCAGCCAGAACAUCGGGCGGCAGGUCCCCUCCAAGGUCAUCUGGGACCACCUGAGCACCAUGUACGACAUGCAGGCGCUGCACGAGUCUGAGAUUCUUCCAUUCCCGAAUUCAGAGAGGAACUUCGUCCUUCCAGAAGAGAUCAUUCAGGAGGUCCGAGAAGGAAAAGUGAUGAUCGAAGAGGAGAUGAAAGAGGAGAUGAAGGAAGACGUGGACCCCCACAGUGGGGCUGACGAUGUUUUUUCAUCUUCAGGGAGUUUGGGGAAAGCAACAGAAAAAUCCAGCAAAGACAAAGAGAAGAGCUCCUCGGACUUGGGGUGCAAAGACGGCGCAGACAAGCGGAAGCGCAGCCGGGUGACCGACAAGGUCCUGACCGCCAACAGCAACCCCUCCAGCCCCAGCGCGGCCAAGCGGCGCCGCACGUAGACCGCUCGGCCCUGGCGGCAGCAGAGAGGCAGGCGAAGAGCCUGGUCACCGAGGGGGUCGGCUGGGUC